CAAUCAUCAGUUGUGUUCUGUUGUUUGAAUACGAAGUACCCGAACGCCGAAACCAUGAAUCGUUGGCUUACAGUGGCCUUCCUGGUGGCUUCCGCCGGAGGAGCAUUCUCGUUGUACUCGGCCAUUUCGGUUGGCUCCACGGGCCUCGCCAACAUGGCCACCAACCUGCAAUCACUUUCGGUCGUGAUGGGCAGAUACUACACCGCCCUCAACACUGACCGGAAUUUGGUGAACGCAUCUUUGAACGAUUUGGGAUACUAUAUCAACGUGACAUAUGCUGCAAUGAACAAAACUUACGGAGCCACUCAACCGAACCUGGUUUCGAUGAUGCAGACUAUUGCAUACUUUAAUCAAACUCUUGGAUAUGGAGAACAAUCAGUUCAUUCCAUGAUUUCGUCAGAUUUAUCUCAAGUGUCCAGUAAUCUGCAGCAGGUGAUCGACACCAUUUUCCAGAGCUUCUCAAUGUCGCUGUACACGAUGAGCUCGUACGAUCAGUCGUAUACUGAAGAUAAGUGCGUUGCCAAAAACAUGACACAAAUGUCUCAAAUUCCCAACAAUUUGGGCAAGCUGGGUCCGUGUCUGCAGCAAGAGGUCAACACUGCAAACGCCAUCACUCCAACAAUUGUCGCAACUAUUAAACUGCUCAAGGCCGAUCUCAUUGCGUAUAACAACCUCCUCAAAAUUUGCCAGCCGACAUCAACCACGUGUCUUGAACAGGUUAGUAGCUGAAAAAACUUUUUCUCCAAAAUAUUUCAUUUUUUUAUUUGAAUUGCAGUUCUUCAUGGGUCUUUCGAUGGACUUGAGUAACGUCCAAAGCGCGCUGUAUUUCGUGCAGCAAUAUGUCAGUUAUAUCCAGCAGGAUGCGUACACUCGUAACCGCAUCUGUGGCGAGCUGGUCAGAGCCGACGUUCAGGAUCAAAUUACGAACUUGCAAUCUGCCGUGCAAAGCUGCUCGUAUCCUCAGAUGUCAUGAUUUCAUGUGAAUUAAUGGUACAGUGCAGUGCCAGAAUCAAUGGUGCAAUCAGUGGAUGUAGCUUUAAGUUAGUUUGAAUUAAAUUCAUUACACAUUCUUCCUACACAACAGUA